AUGGUGCGCUCGCGAGUCUCCCCAUUCUCGCGAGAGCUGGACUUCCUUAUCUUACCAAAGGUAACGGUAAACCUUCCGACGAUUUCGGUCAAAAUUGAUGGCUGGUCAAUUCCAAGUGGGAUCGAAUUGGCGGAUCCUGCCUUUUUUGAGUCUAAGGAAGUGGACAUCGUGCUCGGGAUUGAGUCGUUCUUCGACUUCUUUGAGACAGGCAGACGGAUUUCAUUAGGGGAACAGCUACCAACACUCAACGACUCGGUAUUUGGAUGGGUCGUUUGUGGAGGCACGUCAAUUGCUUCAAAUUCUCUACAACUAAGCUGCAAUAUUUCAACCUCCGAAGGUCUGGACUUGCUUUUGGAGCGUUUUUGGCAAUGUGAAGAACUUGGUUCGGAAAAGGCAUAUUCUAUGGAGGAGCGAUACUGUGAGGAGCAAUACCAGCACACAGUUCAUCGUGAGCAGGACGGUCGGUACACCGUUACACUGCCAAAGAACGAAGAUAUUCAUCCGAGCUUGGGCGAAUCGUGGGCCAUCGCCAACCGACGGCUUCAGGGAACAGAGCGCAGAUUGGCACGAGAUUCCAAUUUACGAGAACAAUACAUCGCAUUCAUGAAUGAAUAUCUCGCCAUGGGUCACAUGAGGAAAAUUGACCAGGCUACUCAGGCAACGGUCCAACGAUGCUAUUUGCCGCAUCAUUCGGUGGUUAAAGAGGCAUCAACCACCACCAAGGUACGAGUAGUGUUUGACGCUUCCUGCAAGACGGCGUCGGGAGUCUCACUGAAUGAUGUUUUGCUGGUGGGGCCAGUGAUUCAAGAGGACUUGAGGUCCAUAAUUUUGCGAAGCCGCACUCGACAAAUUAUGUUGGUGUCUGAUGUGGAAAAAAUGUUCCGUCAAAUCAAUAUUUGCGAAGCAGAUAGACCACUCCAAUGUAUUCUGUGGAGAUCUUCACCGAUUGAGGAAGUUGGGGCAUAUGAGCUCAACACCGUGACGUAUGGAACUAAGCCAGCUCCUUUUCUAGCCACACGUACGGUCAAGCAACUGGCCCAAGAUGAGAAAACCCGGUUCCCAUUAGCAGCACGGGCUGCUGAAGAAGAUGUGUACAUGGACGAUAUCAUCACGGGAGCGGACGACGUUGCUACGGCUGUUAUUCUCCAAAGGCAACUUAACGAAAUGAUGGCUAGCGGUGGAUUCCGGCUCAGAAAAUGGGCUUCUAACAAUACUAAGAUACUGGAAGGUGUUGCUCCUGAGGAUCUGGCAAUCCCACUGUCUGUUGAGGUCAAUCUUGGUUUCGAUUCCUCAGUGAAAACCCUAGGGCUGACCUGGGUUCCAGAGACAGAUGUCUUAAGAUUCCAAUUUAAAAUCCCCCCAGAGGACGAAUAUAAGGAAUAUACAAAACGCCAAGUUUUGUCAAUAAUCGCUACACUGUUUGAUCCAUUAGGGCUACUGGGAGCCGCGAUUACAACUGCAAAGAUAUUUAUGCAGUAUCUGUGGUCAGUUCAGGACAAAAAUGAUCAAAAACUCGACUGGGAUCAACCACUCCCUUCCACGGUGGGUGAGGCUUGGAAGAAGCUUCACCGGCAAUUGCCGACGUUCAAUCUGAUCACAAUAGAUCGCUGCGUCAUCAUUCCUGGAGCGAAAUCUGUCGAAAUACAUUGCUUCUCGGACGCGUCAGAGAAAGCUUUCGGAGCAUGUGUUUAUGUAAGGAGUGAGAAUGUCGAUGGAGCGGUAUUAGUCCGGCUUCUAACCUCAAAGUCACGUGUAGCACCCUUGAAAUGUCAAUCGAUUCCGCGGCUAGAACUGUGUGGAGCACUACUAGCAGCUCAGCUCUACGAGAAGGUUCAAUUUUCCCUAAAAUCUACGAUGACCAUCUACUUUUGGACCGAUUCGACUUGCGUACUACGUUGGAUUGGAGCUACUCCCACGAUAUGGACUACAUACGUGGCAAACCGAGUGGCGAAGAUACAAACUAUAACCGAGAAGGGUCACUGGAGGCACGUACCAGGUGUGGACAAUCCGGCUGAUCUCAUAUCCAGGGGAAUUCCUCCAGCAGUAAUUGUAGAAAGCCGAUUCUGGUGGCAGGAUCCAACGUGGUUGGAACUUCGAUCAGAAUUUUAG